AUGGCUGAGAUGGACACGGAAGUAACAGAAAGUGAACAUAAUAAUCUUGGUAGGAAGAAAACUCAUUUUAGAGGACAUUUCAAAGAUCUUUCCUACAUUGAAGAUAAAAAAUUACGCCAAACCAGUGUAUGCAAACGAAGGAAAACUUUAUUGAGUGCUGCACAUGAUCUUCAUAGGUUGACUGGUGCAAGUGUGUUUGUUAAAGUAAAGUAUGGUGGAAUGUCACGAUACUAUGGAUCUAAUGAUCUGGUAUCUGAUUUUGAAGGACAUGGAUUAAAAAUAACUAAAGGCGACAGCAGAUGUGUUGAUGGCACAGUUCCAGUAGUUAAACCUUCCCCUCAGAAAGAGUUUAGGCAAUUCAUGGAAUCAUUUUUACCAUGCAAUACACACAUAUUAGAAAACGAGGAAGAGUUACCACUGACCAGUCAUUACUUGCACAUCCACCAGUGA